GACCGAUCGGGUAAUAAAGCAAGAUGGCGUCUGACGGCGAAGUCCUAAACGCGGGCAUUAUAUUUCUGUAUUCUUACAUAUAUGUUGUUUAAUAGAGUACACACGGUUAAUAAUUGUUUGUAGCCGGAUACAUUAGUCUGAGCGCACUUUGACACUUCUCCUGUUUGCUAGCUUCACUUAAGGUAUCUCGCAGCUAGUUUAGCCGGCUAGUUAGCUUAGCUUGUUAGCUGCUAACAAAGAGACGCGGAAGUUAUUUAAACAUCGCUAAGUAGGGAACUAAUGUGAGUGUAAAGUGUUGUGAUUGUGUGAAAAUGUGCGAAAGAACGAUGGCAAAGUACGAGGAGGAACUUUGUCCAACAAAAGAGGAGAAGGAGCGACAACAUCAACUACUGGAUGUUUAUUAUAAGAAACAUCAUCAAGUUGUGUUACACAGAACAGAUGUCUGUGAAGAACAACUUCUGCCUGAAAAGCAGGAGUGUAGCUUAAGGAUGGUGAAGAAGGAUCCAUCAAAGAGGAAGAUGAGGCGCCACGGACCCUCUGGCGUCUUCUUUUCCUCUUUGACACAGACCCUUCCCUGUAAAAAGAAAGAGGAAGACUCACUGACCCACCACAUUAAAAAGGAAGAAGAGGAACACAGCAUCAGUCAAGAGCAUAUUGAACGACUGGUGUUCCCAGUGACUGGUGUCCCUGUGAAGAGUGAAGAUGAUGAGGUCAAAGGUGAAAGUGAGGAGCAGAGAGUGGUGGAGCCUCCGAGCAGCAGCUCAACACAACACAUGACAACAGAAGCUGAUGGAGACCACUGUGGAGGAUCACAAGCAGACAAGCUCUUAGCUCCACUAUCAGAUAGUGAGGACACAACGUCACACUCUCCUGACACUGAUGAUGAAGACUCUAAAGAUGAUAAGACAUGUCACACUGACAACACUCGCUUCGAAUGUUCUCACUGUGACAAAACUUUUCAUUACCAUUCAUAUCUGAAAAGACACAUAAGAACACACACUGGCGAAAAACCUUUUUCCUGCUCAGAAUGUGGUAAAUGUUUUUCACGAAAAAAGGGGUUAAACGAACACAUGCUAAUACACACUGGAAAAAAACCUUUUUCUUGUUCACUCUGUGGUAAAGGUUUUACACAAAGUCAGAAUUUGAAAGUGCAUAUGAGAACACACACUGGAGAAAAAGCUUUUACCUGUUCAAGUUGUGGUAAAAGUUUUACUAGCAGUCAGAGUUUGAAAGCACACAUGAGAACACACACUGGAGAAAAGCCGUUUUUCUGCUCAGAAUGUGGUAAAUGUUUUACUCACAGUCAGAGUUUGAAAGUACACAUGAGAAUACACAGUGGAGAAAAACAUUUUUCUUUUUCAAUUUGUGGUAAAGGUUUUACACAAAAAAAAUUGUUAAACAAACACAUGCUAACACACACUGGAGAAAAAUGUUUUACCUGUUCAAUAUGUGGUAAAGGUUUUACAGAAAGUCAAUAUUUGAAAAAGCACAUGAGAACACACACUGGUGAAAAAUCACAUUCCUGUUCAAUCUGCAACAGACGCUUUCGUCAGCGAUCAAACCUUGUAGUACACAUGAAAAGACACACAGGAGAGAAAGUGUUGAGUUGCAGUGUGUGUGGUGAAAGAUUCUCUUAUAAGUACCAGUGUAAGAAACACAAGUGUGCUGGUGAGAACAGCAGCAGCAAAUGAAACUGCAGGAUUUGAAAUAAACUGUCAAGACUUUAAUUUUGACCUUCUAACAACAUCAGCACGUAUAACAUGUGUGACAUUGUUGUUUGUGUAACACAAUCUUGUUAACAUGCUUCUAUAUUUAUACACCAUUUGUUUCAGCCCAUUGCGUGCAUUAAUAUGCAACAUUUUUUACUUUUAUAUUGACAUAAAUUAUUGCAAGAGGGACACUUUUACUAAAAAGGUCAGUAAAUCCAAAACAGUACAAAACAUGUGAUACAUGAAACGUACAUUUAGUGUACAUAUAUUUUAUCCAUCCAUUUAUUUACUGCUUAUUCCCUUUGGGGUCAUGGGGGCGCUGGUGCUUAUAUAUAUUUUAUACAAAAUAAUUUCCUUUUAAAACGUGUAACAUUGUUAUUUGUGUAACACUAUUUUAAUAUGCUUCUACAUUUAUAGAUUAUAUAUUUUGUAUUAGUGUUUUUUUUUUAGUCAAGUACAUGCAUUCAUAUGCAACAUUGUGUACUUUAAUUAAGAAUUGAACAGAACAAUUUGACUGAAAAGGUGAGAGUUAACAGUACAAGACAUAUUUUACAUACAUUAAAAAAAUGUGGGUGUAUAUAUAUUCAUCAUACACAAUUAGACUUAUUCAUAAUAGUGUUUUUAUAGGUGUUUGGAAUAUUGAAGUGUGACAUAUUUUUAUUUCUAAUUAUUUAUACAUACAUAAAUACACAAUACAUAUGUACUGGUUCACAUCUGAAACAUCUUCUGGACCACUUCAGGAAGCAUAUUAUUAUUUACUUUAUACAUCAUUUGAACAAUUGUCUUUUAAACAAUUUUAAAAUGUAUAACUUAAUGAAUUAUUUGUUGGAUUUCUAUAAUCCAUUUAAUUAAUGAUCUUUAUUAGUCUCUAUUGUAAUAUGAUGAUUGUGUUGUGAUUGUUUUAUGUAUGUCCCCAGACCUUUAUGCAAUAUAAAAUUGAGAGAAAAUGGCUGAAAUGUUUGUGGAAGGAUGGUUUUGUUUUUACAAACUUACAUUUGUGGAUAAAACCAACACCCUCAAUAUUGUGUUUUAAAAAUGUUUUAUGUUUAUCCAUCUAUCCAUCCAUUUUCUACCUCUUAUUCCCUUUUGGGGUACGGGGGGUGCUGGCGCGUAUCUCAGCUACAAUCGGGCGGAAGGCGGGGUACACCCUGGACAAGUCGCCACUUGGGCCAAUUUAGUGUUGCCAAUCAACCUAUCCCCAGGUGCAUGUUUUUGGAAGUGGGAGGAAGCCGGAGUACCCGGAGGGAACCCACGCAUUCACGGGGAGGACAUGUAAACUCCACACAGAAAGAUCCCGAGCCUGGAUUUGAACCCAGGACUGCAGGACCUUCGUAUUGUGAGGCAGACGCACUAACCCCUCUGCCACCGUGAAGCCCUCUUACCAGCUAAAGAGGAGAAAUAUAACCUUAAGGGGAAAAUUUAAAACAUUUGUAUGCACGUACAACACUUAGAACCUUUAGCAUAUCAGUAUGUGAAAAUAAAUUAUGGAAUGGAUUAAGUAAUUAAGUUAAACAUUGUACUGAUAUGAUCCAGUUUAAGAGGUUGUUCAAAUUAAUAGUGCUUAAAAAGUACAAAGAAGAAGAAUUAUGAGAAACACUUUUAACCUUAUUGAAAAUAAAAUAUUUUUCAUCUCAGUAUGCUAAUAUUGACUGAAUUAAUUAAUUACAUAUUACAAAACUGUUGUAUUACUCAUUCACGGAUGUGAUUUUACUAUUUUACUAUAAAAAAAGGUCAGUAAAUGAAUGUAUAUAUUUGUAAACACUCUGAAGUGGGAAAGGUGUAGGAUGAAAUAAAUGUAGCUUCUUCCUACUCCUUUUCGGACAUGAUGUAAUGUGAAAUGGUAUUAAAUUGUCUGAUGUAUUAUGUUGUAAGUAUGUUCAUGUUCGAAAUAAACUAAAGAAAGAAAGAAAAUAAAGAAAGUAUUGAUCGA